AUGUCGUCGUCCUAUGCCUUAGAAAAUCACCACAGUCCCUCGUCAUCCUCCUACGACCCCGCAGCUCAAGACAUCGAUCCUACAUCACGCCCUCCAUCCAUACCCCCUUUACCUGCCUAUGCCUAUACUCCCUCGGUGAAACGGCCCAGAGUGUCGACUUCCUUCGAACAGAGCAACUCUAGCGCUAGGGUCAACGGCACUGGGAGGGACUCUCCCGAUCCUCACGACUUCUACAGGCACCAUCAGCAUCAAUUCGGGAAAGCUUUGAAUGAUGGACUGGGCCAGGGAGAUAUAAGAGUGGAACACCGUGACGGUAGCAUGGGCCACCAGCAGAGGUCUGGCCCUGUCUCGAGAGCCAAAGGGCAAAGCCUGCAUGCUGUACCGUCUCGCAUCAAUACCCACGACUAUCAUUCUUCUCCCACCUCCGACAGAUCUCCCUUGAGCGCCGCCAAGUCUAGCCCUACCCUAAACACUGCCCGAAAUCGGCAGACAUCGUUGAAGGACCUGGUGGACAAGUUCAACCAAACUCCUGACGAGACUUUGCCAUUACCAAGGAAGUCUAGCUCAAGAUCUCCGUCUGCAGGCUCCAACCCAUCAACCAGUGCUCAAAGCUUAAGACCUCGGAAUUCGUCCUUGUCAUUCCGCAAUGGAAAUGCCUCUUCGAGAAUGGGUUUGGUUUCGGAAUCAUCACGGUCCACUACCAAUGCAAGACCUCACCCUCGAAGAGGGCGGACGAAUGAGGAUGCGAAUACAAGUCCCAGAUCAAAGAGGGCUCCGAAGCCUCAACGGACUGAGCCCUCUGACCCCAAGAUGUCUGCUUCUCAAUCCAUGAUUGAUCUGGCUCCAUAUGUUGACAACGGUUCGCGAAGGCCUCUGUUUGGGGAAAUUUUGGCAAUGAGCUCUACCCUACCUGAUCCCGGCUAUGGCAUUGUUGCGACACGUCGAAGGAGAGGAUCUGAGGGAAGUAUGCAUAGCCCUAAUCCAAUGUUUCCCGAGGAACGAAAUCGUCAUGUUUCCGAAGGCUCGCCGUCGUCGCCUUCUGCUUGGUACUCAGGGGUCAUACCGACAUUGGAAGAGAUCAAAACGGAGAAGCAGAUACCCAUUCUUCUCACAAACGUGCAUCGACGGACAAGGAGUGACUUCACUGGCGUGCCAUCCGGACCACCAGCGUCUACAAUGUAUGGAAUUGAUCUUUCGCCAACACAAGAUCGACCGUCCUCUCCCAGCUCAAUUGGCACAUCGAAACGCAAUUCUCAAUCUCGAAUACCUAUCAGUACGCGACGUUUAAGUCCUACGUCCGAUUCUGGUAACUCUACCCCUUCUACGAGAAACAAUUCUGCAUUAGGUAGGACACAUAUGAAAUCUCCGACGAGGGUACUGGUCCCAGCCAAGAAGAACAAUCAGCGUCCGCGCAGUCCACAACGGCAACCAAGAUCAAACACUCCACAAAGAUCCCCCCUGCGCGGUGAUGUUGGUGCUCAACAUACUGCGACUAGCCCUCGGCUUACAGCCUACAUCUCAGCUCCGAUGCCGAAGAAGUCUCCUCCGCUGCGCAGCUCGAGACCUCGCCAACCAGUCUCAAGUGCGUCAACCACAGCUUCUCGUGCCCGCGCUGCUGAUCGAUAUUCGAGCACCGAAAAUGGUAGCCUAAGGAACACACGAGAGAGCCGGCCUCGCAAGCCGCCAGAACUUGGUGCUGUGGAUUUUGCGGCAAGGAGGAAGAAAAUCCAGCAGGCUUUCACUCAGACUGUCAAGGAGAAUGAGAGACAAGAGGUCGAGGCCGAGCAGCGGAGAAUGUCCAUGGCUCAGGAAGAUCAGCAGCUGGAAGCGUCACACACCGGCGAAGAAAUUGAGGGACUUGGACAUCAGCAUGAUCAUCCCGGGCCAGCUGUCGAUCCCGGCCAAGAAGGCCAGCAAGAGGUGGAGGAGGAAAAAUUUCAAACUCCAGCGGAGGAAUUGCCCAAGUCGGAGCGCGAAUUAACAAUAAAUACUGGCCCUCUGUCAGAACGGUCUGUCCUGGAUCUGAGCAUGGAGGAUUCGCCCACUCUAGGCACGUACGAUCGAUUCUCGUCAAAUCUCUGCCGGGUGCAAGAAGGAAACGGAACGCCUCCUUCCGAUGUCGAACCCUCUUCUGCUAUCACAGCAGGUACAUCCGAUUCAGUGGACACGUUCUUUGACGAUGAGCCUCAGGAGGAUUCGCAGAAUAGCUCCAGAAAUCCAUCGCAAGACCAUCAGACUUUGCUCGACCAGAUUAUGCACAUGCGAGACUCGAGUCCUAGUCCCGAAUCUCCUCGACGUCCUAGUGCGACAGAAGAAUCGAGUUCCGACAAAGAUGAUCGAGAAUCAAUACAGAUCAUGCUUGGUGACACUCCUGUCCUUGAUAAAGCGCCGUUCAAGAGGCAUCGCGACGAAAAGCUGAAGGAUGCACCUCAAGGUGAAGAGCCUGAAAGUCGGUGGAGCAUGAGUUCGUGGACUUCUUCUACAAGGUCAAGGGAUGACCGAGACACACCGAUGGAGCGAAUCGACGAACACAGUCCCUCGAAUCCUACACAACCCAACGAUCUAUCCACGUCCACUUCAACAAGCGAGCAGAUUCCGCAACAGGCAUGGUCUCCUGCAUCCUUCUCCUCACCUCGCACCGCUCGAACCACUUUGGAUAGUGAUGCUUAUAGCACAAUCAAUCGUGUCCUAGAUCAUUACCAUGACACUAAUGUUGUCAGUCCGGAGCUGAUGAAUGAUGUCCAACAACACAUCUUGACACAGUCUCCAGACCUUGCUCGUCAGGGGGUUGGGACCCGAAGAAGGUGA